AAAUGACACUUUCCAAAGAAAGAGAGUUUGUUCUGGGGGUGGGGAAGCAGCUGGCCCCAGCACCACAGCCGUCAGGGAGAGAGACAAGGGGUCCUUGCUGGGCACCUACCACAAGGGACCCUCAUUGGGUGUGUUUGGGGUGGGGCUCCAUCUGGAGGCUAUAAAACAGCUGAGUGAGGAGAAGGAGCUUUCAUUUCUCUGUGUGGGGACACUUCCUGCAGCAGACAGGGGAAAGCAGCUGAAACGCCUGAGACCAGGGUCACCCCUGGCCGGGACCGCCAGACCAGCUGGACUAAAACCAGUCAGCUGCUUCUCCCACGCUGGGCUUCCGUCUGCGUUCAAGCACACGCUUGGUUCCCGUGGGCGCUGCAUCCACCAUGGUCCUCUUUUGGCUCAUGGUGUUUCUGACCUCUGCCUCCUGCCUGCCACAGACCAGCCAGGAACCCAACUCACCAAUCAAGAACUUAAGGGUGGACCCAAAAAGCGAACGGUUGACCUGGGACCUUAACGGAAAUGUGUCCAAAAUUGAGUGUAUCAAAGACUCGAUACUGCCCAUGGAGGCGACAAGAAACGCGUAUUGCCAUAUUGAGGCCCUUUCCCUCUGCACUGUGACAAACUACACCGUCAGGGUGUCGGAGUCCCCGUUCUCCACGUGGAUUCUGUUCCCUGAGCAGGACGGAAAGCCUGAGGCUGCUGCUGAGAAUCUGAGCUGCCUCAUUCAUGAUGUGGAUUUCAUUACCUGCAAUUGGACGGUGGGCCAGGGGGCCCCGAGCGAUGUCCAAUACCACCUCUACUCGACAGAUGUGGACACCCGUGAGCAGCGUGAGUGUCUGCAUUACAGAGCAGAUGCCCGGGGGACACACACCAGCUGCCGUUUUGAUGACAUCUCUAAAAAGUUCAAAUAUUUUCAUAAUUACGUGAUUAUGGUGAAUGGGACCAGUGAAGAUGCCAGGAUCCCCUGCACCGAUAUUACCAUCUCAGAUCUAUCAGGAAUUGAGAAAUUAAGUACACCCAAAAUGACCACAGAGUGUAAUAAAACACACUCUUUCAUGGCAUGGAGGAUGCUGAGCCAUUUCAAUACAAGAUUUACCUAUGAACUUCAGAUACAAAAGGGCACAGAACCUGCUGUCUUGGAAACAGACAUACACGGAACCUCCUUCAUGUUCCCCAAUCCUGGACGGUACACCGUGAAGAUAAGAGCCAAGGAAGUGUAUGACGGCCUCCUGAGUGAAUGGAGCGACCCCCAACACUUUGUGUGUGACCCGGAGGAGCCACCACAGGCUCGGAGCUGGCGAGUGUCUCUGAUGGUCGCACUGGGGGCGCUGCUGGCGCUGCUGCUGGCGCUGGUGCUCUGCAGAAGGUACUCGGUGGUGCAGAAAAUCUUCCCGCCCAUCCCUCGCAUGAAGAACCCCAUCAGCGACAACUUCCCGAACGACAAGCUGAUGGCCUGGGAGGCGGGCACGGCGGAACCCGAGGACUGCGCGGUGGCCGAGGUGCAGCUGGUGAAGGAAACGUGACCGGUGCCGAGUCCUGCACCGCCGGGUGCCGGGCGGAACCCACAUUGCCACAGCACCCUAAAGCCACAGGGACCGUUUCCACUUCCUGCCGUCAGCUUCGCGUUUACAUCCGUCCUGUGCCGCGUCCACCUUCCCGUCUCCAGUGCUCCCCUGUGCGCCCUCACCGCACGCCUUCCUAAGCCCCCUGCCAGCACCCACACAGCCAGGAGGGCCCGAUGUCCCUGAACGUCAGUCACGCACGUGCAGACGAUUCUACCCAGACUCAGCACCUGCCGGCUAGAGAGGUCUGGUAGGACCUUGAGACCAUGCCCUGCCGGCCCCAUCAUCCGUGGGGGAUGGACCUGGGCUGCACCACCAGUAGAGCUGCACCUGAACAGAAGGGUGCCGCAGUGUUACACGUGUACUGAGGCCCAGGAAGGAGGGAAAAGCUUCAGAAUUCAGGCGAUUCUGACCGUUGUGAUCAGAGGACUGACAUGGCCUUUUAUUCUUAAAGGUUUCUGGGAGCCGCCCACAUGGAAUAAAAAGCACCAGGGCAGCAGAAACCCCUUGCUGACAUUUUAAGUUCAUGUAGAACAUAAAAACUCACCCUGCAGGUGCUGGCCUUUGUUUGCCAACUUUUGAGGAACCCCCCCCCCCAACCACAAAACACCAGGAUUCGCAGAAUGCCCACAAGGUCAACAGGACUGGGUUGAGGGAACCACUGAUUGAACAAGUAACUAAUGACCAGGUUAAAGUGUAACAGGAAAUGAAAAUGAGCUCAAGGCUAAAUCCUUCAUUUCCCACAGCUUCAGGUAGCUGAGAACCAAAAUAGAAACCCUGGAGUUGAUGGGUCAGAGCCCAGGGAACCAGGGUUCCUCUGUUAAGACCCACGUGGGGGUGACAGGUGGAAAGUCUUGUUUUGUCACUCACCCACAGAAUGAACCACGUGACUGCAGCUGAGACAUGACUUGAAUAUCCUGGUCCUAAUCUAGUUUCAUCAGGACAGAAAUAAUGGCUUGUACCUGGCAAUGCCUUGAGAUUUCUGAUAAAAACAUCAAAUCCUGCCUUGGAGCCAGUAUUUUUCAAAAGCUCAGGAGGCAGGCUCUUAGGAUUCAUGAGCAGUCAGCAUGAAUGCUCAGUUUGGUGGAGAAAAUUUCAAAACAAGCUUCUCCUCCUGCAGUGAAGGCUGUAUCACAGGUAAGGCCUGGGGAAGGAACUCCCUGUCACCUCUGUGAUGUCCACUACAGCCACUGGUGGAACAAAAGGCAGACGGCGGCCCAAGGAGCCACCACAGGGGCAGAACUUUGGGGCAGAAAGGUCUGAAGGUCUGUCACACUGAAAUCCUUACCCUCAAGGUGAUGCUAUCAGGUAGGGCCUUAGGAAGCGUGAGGGCUCUGCCUUUGUGAGCAGGUCAGUGCCCUUAGAGAAGGGGCCUCUGAGAAGUUCCCCCCCAGACUAACACAGGGAGAAGGGGCCUCUGAGAAGUUCCCCCCCAGACUAACACAGGGAGAAGACGGCCUUCCCCGUCACCAACCCUGCCAGGCCCUGGCAUCCCACUUGCAGCCCGCAGAACUGUGAGAAACAGACUUGGUCAUAACCACUCAGUUCAUAGCACUGUUACAAGGGUAUGAACUGAGUAAGAAACUGUAAAGUAGUGCCCACGAAGACCACUCUCCAGAGCAGGGAGUUCAACGGAAGCCUGGACGGCCCUGCCAGCGCCUGUCUCCA